CUCUGAUAUAGCAGAAUAUAGUUGUUCUAGUCGAUGAAGGUGCGAAAUGUGCGGUGGUUGUUUGGGAGUCUAGGUGCUAAGUAUACAGCUGACUUCGCAUUGAUGCAACUGUGUGCUUUAAAUAAAGCCUCAUGAGUGAAAACGCGUGUAUACAGACCGAAUUCAACAUCAGAAGCCUCUUGAAUGAGUGUCGCUGAAAGCUGACAUGACCCUUGAAGAUCCAUUCUUUGUAGUCAAAGAUGAAGUAUGCAAAGCUUUAAACAAAACGAGAGGAUUGUAUCGUCGUUGGCUUGAGCUACAUGAUGACCCAGGUAACAGUGUAUCAAAAGAUGAAUUGGAAUGGACUACAACAGAACUACGAAAUGCGCUUCGCAGCAUUGAAUGGGAUCUAGAAGAUUUGGAAGAUACUAUUGGCAUUGUUGAGAAAAAUCCAGGAAAAUUUAAAAUUGACAACAAGGAAUUGAGCAGCCGAAGGAAUUUUAUAGACCAAACACGAGACGAAGUGAAGACAAUGAAAGACAAGAUGAACAUUUCAAGAGGUAGAGACAGGGAUCGCACUGCAAGACAGCCUCUUCUUGAGAACAGUCCUGUGAGAGUGCCAUCUACUCAUGGAACAACAAAAUAUUCAAAACUGGAAAAUGAACUGGACAGUCCCAACAGACAAUUCUUAGAUGAUACUCUGCAGCAACAGAACCAUAUGCUCCGUAGUCAAGAUGAACAAUUGGAUAUAAUCAGUGACUCUGUGGGAACCCUUAAAACAGUAUCCAGGCAGAUUGGGAAUGAACUGGAUGAGCAAGCAGUGAUGCUUGAUGAAUUUGGUAAUGAAAUGGAAAACACUGAUUCAAAACUUGACUCUACAAUGAAAAGAGUAGCUAAGGUUUUCCAUAUUUCAAAUGAUCGAAGACAAUGGAUUGCUAUUGGAGUACUGUCGGGAAUAAUGGUUAUUGUCAUCAUCCUGUUCAUCUUUACAUGAGGAGACCUACAAGCAGAUUUGUGACAGUGCAUGAAUUUGUGUUUUAUUUUCUUUAUACUGCUGCAUACAAGAAGAAAAAGGAAUUUUGGCACUGAGUGUGUAACAUUCUUUGUGCAAUAACUGUUACAAAAUAGUUAUAAAUCAUUGUUAUAUACAUUGUUGAAUAACAUUGGGGGCUAGGAUCACACAGUUAAAUUUCUGAUUUUUCAUAUGAAAGUGUAAGUAUUACUGAAGGGGUGCUUUAUUAUUUAUACAAGGUUUUUAUUCAUAGCUUAUAGGAUUUUAUAAAUUAGUUUUACUGUGCGUGUGAUACAGCACUUUACCUAACAUUCAAAAUAUGAUCAAGAAGUAAAACUGUACUUACAGUGUGUUACUACAAAGUACAUACUGAGAUUUAAAUAGUGAGUCAGCAGUUUUGUUUGCAGUUUACAUUUAUUUUCUGUAAAUUCGCAGGUGAUGCAAAUAAUGUAUAAUGUAUAUAAUAGAAAUAAAGAAAAUAAUUCUAAGUGCUGUUUUAUGCAUAAAGUUGCAAAACAUUUUAUUAACUCAAAAGACUAUUUGGUGCCAACCAUCAACUUAACCUUUAAUUCUAGAGAUAAUCAUCUGGUAUGUGCAAAAGAUGUAGAUGGCAGGUAAUAUAAAAACUUAAUGUACUGGAAUUAUUAGUGUUACUUAUAUGAAAAGAGGAUUUUCACAAUUAAUAUAAGAAAAAUACCAGUAGAUAUAUAUAGAUAAGGUGUGCAUCUAUACCAUCUGUUUGGUAAUGGAUUUGAUUUGAAUUACUUGCAAAUAAAAAGGGACUUUAAUCACAGCAAAAGAAAAGUUCUAGAUAGAAUCAGAUCCUCUCCCAACAAAAAUCAAGUGGGACAUGUUACUCAGAGGAGCUUCAUGAUAUAAGUGAGAGCUUCAAAAUGUAAAUAAUUUCACAUUGUCACUUUGAAAGAUGGCACAAAUUUCAGAGGGUUAUUUGUACAGGGAGAAAUUAAUUUGCAUUCUCUGAAUGAUCCAUGUACAAAUGAAAUGUAUGGACUGUGUUACUCCACUUUCCUUAGGUACUUAUAAGUCUUUUAAUAGUGUGUAAGAUUUUAUUUAUGCUUGUCUACUACAAUAUUACAAUAAAGUAAAUAGUUAAAACUGAUCAUUUUCAGUUAUCCUCUAGGGAACAGCUGUAUUAUAUUUUACUGUUUUAAAUUUAUGGUGCUGCUACACUGUAUUGUUAUGCACACUCUUUACUGUUCCUUUAUAUUACAGUAUUCUGUAGUUAAGUUUCUUUCAAUGAUACUUCGUGUAAUUUUGUAAAUACCUCAUUUAGUUGUGAUUUAUACUGGUAUGAACAUUGUGUAAAAGACUGACUGACAUUUGCCUGCUUUAAAUGUGUAUUUGCAUAUGCUACAUUGGUAUUGGCAUAAAAUUUUCAUUGUUUGUUUCCAGUACAAAUGAAUUGUUCAUAAUAAUUAAUUUUGAACUGUGGGUGACAGAUGCAGAAUUUGCCAGUGUCAAGAAUAAGAGCAGUAUCACACAGUAAAAUAACAAUUUGUAAUUUCAAAAUAGUGUAUCAAAAUCAUUUGUUUAGUAUAGUAAAUCCAUCAGAGAAAGCAUUCAUAUUGCAGCAUUUUUUUACCUCAUCUGAUUCAAAAAUGAAACAAAUUAUACCUUACUAAUGAAUGUGUCGCAUUUUUUAAAUUACUGUAUAGAUUUCUCUUAGUCAGCAGCAGCAGCGAUAGGUUGAAUGACUGUACUGCUGUUAGAGAUAAAUGGCAUUUAUGUGGACAAUCGUAAGUUUCUGAGAUUCAUCUCAAUGAAACAUGCUACUUGCAAUAGGAUUGACACUAACAAAAUGUUAAUUAUCAAAAGAUACAGCUGUGUUAAUAUAAUAGUGUGGUAUCAGACCACUUCUGUAAAUACACUGGGUUUAUAUUUUGUCAUGGUGAUAUGAAACUGAAGGUGCACAACUGAAAUUUAUUGGACUGAAUUUCAUAAGAAAUUGGACCAGAUAAGAGAAAAUAAAAAACAAAUGUAUUGAAUAUUACAAGUAUUUUUUGAUUACAGAACAUCUUUGGUUGUUAAAUAUUUAUCAUAUUUUCAAAAACAAAAAGUUUGCUGAAAAGGAGCAAACAGUACUUGAAACUUAGAUACAGAUAUUUGAUAGGUAGUCUAAUAUUUCUUUAUGUGAAAAUACGCAGAACACAGUUUAUGUAUAUGUUAAAAUUUCAUUUAUUUAUUUGUGUUCUGGAUUUAAAAAAGCAGACUUUACUAUAUGUGCAAUAAAUUUACAAAUAUAGUCAGUUAUUUUCAGUUUUAUCCAGUUAAUGAUCCAUUAACCUUAACAACGAGAACUGAUAUACUGUGUAGACAAAGGUGCAAUGGAUUGAUACAUGAGAAUCAUGAAAUUUAUGUUGUUUCGUUCAUAAAAAAUGUACAUAGUAGCUGCACAUCAUAAGUGUGCCAGUUGGUUGGCUGUGUCUUUUUUCCCCCUUUAUACAUACAAGUAACAAAAGAUUCUCUCAACUUCAAUGUCUUAUAGAACUGUAUUAUUGUGUUCUUAAGCUUUUUAAAUAAAUGUAGAUUUGAAACUGUACAUAAUAAUUUAAAAUAGGCUCUAAGGAUUAUUGAAGUGUACAUCAAAGGUGCAAGCUUAUGGUGGUUCAGAAGAAAAAACCACUGUAUAAUCCUACUGAUGGUCCCAUUGUGGUGAAUAACAUGUGUCCUACAACUGCAUUUUGUGCGGAAAUGUUAAGUGAACAAUUACUCAAUAGGGUAUUCACAGAAACUGGACUUUCUUGUCUUAUUUUAUUUACUCUCUCAUACUGCUUAUCAAAGUCAACUUUCUUCUUGAUAGAAAAAUGCGGAAAAUCUGAAAAUAUCAAAAAUGAAAAUGGAAUUGAUUUUUAAUUUCUGUACCAUUUCUGUUAAAUUCUAUAAUAAAUUACAGAAUGAACCUA